GAAGUGUAAGAGUUACAAAGGAAGUUAUUAUAUUUUGGGCUGAUUAAUAUAAAAGAAAUGUGGUUGUUUAAACAGUGGUUGUUUACAUUUAUGAGCCAAAUUAUUAUAUACAUAUUUACAAGUUUAAAAUAUGUUCAAUGGCAUGGUUAAAAUAGUUUUAAAUAAGCUGAAUCUGCUUUUGUGUUUCACUUAUUUUGUUUACCUUACAGCUAGCUUCUGAUUGGUUGAUUUGGGACAUGUGAUGUGAAGACCAGGAAGUGUUGUGGUAAAGUGUAAAAAGUGUGGAGAUCUGAAGAACUGUUAAUAAAGCCAUCUGUUUGCAUCCUGCUUAUAUUUUAUAUCUGGAGUGAUCCAUCCACCACAGAACGAACCCUCACGUUACAUUUGGUGGCAGCGUGGUGCUAUUUUUGUGGUUUUGGUGCAUUUGGUGAGUUUUAUUUCACUUAUAUGCUACAUGCACUGUGUUCACUCUUUGUGAGUAGGACUUCCUCUGACAGUGAAGAUUAAGGAUUUUUGCAGUUCCUCCACCACCACUUUUGUGCUUUUUUUAAUUUUUGCACGAGAUAUUUUUAUCAUGUCUGUUGAUGAGAAUGACCCUGUACCUGAGCUGCAGCCAUCUCCUGCUCAACAACGAGGGUCAGUGGGGACAAUGGAAUCAGGUGCAUCCCCUUUGGCUUUGCAUACCAUCUCCGGUGCCUUAAAAAUUGAACUUCCUCCUGCUUUUAAAGGAGAUGGGACUGAAUCAUUUACAAGUUGGUCUCGACGUUUUGAAGUAGCAGUGCAGGCUAUGUCUUCAUCGGAUGCAGAUUUGUCUUCAGUGAUGGCCUCUGUUCUCCCUACCCGCCUGGCAGAUGCUGCAUUUCUCUAUUGGGACAGCCUGUCUCCUUCAACCCAGAAAGACUACAAUUCUGUGAAAGAGAAACUAAGAGAUGUUUUUGGGCCAAUGUAUUCUCUUCCUUUUUUUCAAACGCAUGUGAAUGCCCGUCCCCGUAAACCAGGCGAAAGUUUGGAUGUGUACAGUGCAGAUAUCACUCGUCUUGUGCUGGAAGCCUUUCCCAAUUAUGACCACAAUGCACUUGAAGGUGAAAAGUUUCGCCGCUUUGUUGCUGGGUUGGACCCAGUGCUACAGUCAAGGAUUCAUGAGAUGGGUGCAGAAAAUCUUGAAGAAGCUGUGCGCAUAGCUAGCCGCUGUGAAAGAGCACGUGCAGCACUGCAACUUACCAGUGCAGGGUCCCCUGCCUCUAUGCCUACAGAACAAGUGGCUGUGGUCCAUUCUAAAUCUACAGAUGACACACUACUUAAGGCAGUUGAGCAGCUGACUCUUACAGUAGCUAGUUUGAAGGAUGAGGUGCAACAUUUGCACAAGAAACAUGGCUACCUUGCUCAACGUCUAGAGUCUGGGACAGACAGGACUUUCGCACGUGAUGGUCACCAUGGUUCACGCAGCACCUCUCCAUCAUAUUCUGCUAGACAUUACAAAGACUGUUUCUCACCUGAGCGGYUUCAUGGUUAUGAGUCAAAUACUCAUUAUAGCCGCCGUCCUACAUCCCCUGUUCAUCCAGGAAGUUAUGAGAGGCAUGGUAGAGACGAACGUGAUCAGUAUACUUCAUUYGGCCCACCUCGCCAGUACUCCACGUAUGGUCGACGUGACAAUGAUAUGAACAGACGCAGUCCCAGUCCAGCUCCACRGCGCCAUAGAGAUGCCAGUCCACAUGCACGGGCCAGUGUUCGCUUUCAGUCUCCUGAAGGACAUGUACGUUCAAGCUCAAAACAACAGGGAAACUUCCAUUAGCUGCUGUUGAGGGGCAAACAUCAGCUACUGCACCAGUGCUCCAGACUGCUUACCCACAGUUGAUACUUGAUGAAUCUAAUGCACUAUCGGAUAUCCCUGUUUCAUCUAACAUUUUUGCUGUUGUUGAGGGUAUUGAAGUAUGUGCUUUGAUAGACUCUGGCUCUUUUACCUCCAUUGUGAGUGAAGAUUUUCGAAACUCUCAUCCAGCUCUGAAAAGACGCCCUAUGAUGGCCUCCGCUAUCCCAGCACAUUCAGUAAAUGGACAGCCUUUGAACAUUUUAGGCAAGUUAACCAUUGGCAUAAGGGUUGGAAAGCAGGUAUGGCAGCAGGACUUUGAUGUUCUUAGAGGGGCUUCCCAGCCAGUUAUACUAGGGUGGGAUUUUCUGGAAAAACAUCAUGCUCUCCUGGAUGUUAAAAAUAAAGUACUGCAACUUUGGGACAUGACCGUUCCACUUCUACCAAAGCGACAUGAGGUGGCUGCCUGUUGUAAUGUGUCAGUUCUGGCAUCCACCAAAGUUCCAUCUUUGAGUGAAACACUCAUCACAGCUUGUGUGUCACCAGCUACACCUGCUUCUCCCAUGCCAACUGACUAUUGUGGUGUUCUCAUACCCAAUCCAGCCUGUGACCUCAUUAUUGCAUACUCUCUCAGUGAAGUUCAAAAUGGGACAACUGUUGUUCGAGUUCUAAAUCCUUCCAGAGAAGACAAGGAGCUGUACUCUGGCCAGCAUCUUGAUUCGGUCUCUGACAUCUCUGCUUCAGAAAUAUUCGGCAGUAUUCAGUAAGGACUCAGAAGAUAGAGGUCGCAYWGGCAUGAUCAAACAUCAUMUUCGCACUGGUGAUGCCACACCYAUCAAACAGAGAGCUUACAGAGUAACACCUGACCAGAGAGCUGAAAUACAGUCUUAGGUGGAGAACUUGUUGAAAGCAGAUGUGAUUGAAGAAAGUUAUAGUCCAUGGGCUGCUCCUGUUGUUUUARUGCGCAAGAAAAGUGGGG